ACACACACGAACAUGUAUACAAGCGCGCGCGGGAGGAGUCAGUGAGGAUUUUCCCGCUGCUUGCCGAAUUGCAGCCUCCGCUCUUCUCCUCCGCCGGUGACAGCUCGAGCUGCAUUCUAAAGCUCGCUCACACACACACACACACACACACACACACACACACACACACACAUACUGCUGCAGUCCCGUCACGUCCUCGCGCCUUCAGCGCGGAGCAGAAGAACAGGCAAUGCAUCGUAUGAGAACGCGCGCGCGGCUCAACCGGAGCGGCAUGGAGAACAUCAGCGACCACGCGCAGUGAAGUCAAGCUCCUGAUGUCGUCCACAUUCGGAGGAACGAUGCUGUGGAUCGUCCUGCUAAGCAGCGUCAGCGUCGCUCUGGUCCGGACGACUCCCAUCCCUCUGCUGGAUGAAUCGGAGGAAAUCGAUGAACCUUGUUUCCAUCCCUGCUACUGCGAGGUGAAGGAGGGACUGUUCCACGUCCACUGUGAUGGCAAAGGUUUCACCAACGUCAGCCAGGUGGCUCAGUCCUGGAUCAGACCUUUUAAGCUUUACUUGCAGAAGAACACACUGCGCAAGCUUUACUUUAACAACUUCCUCCACCUGAACAACGCAGUAGCCGUGAACCUGGGCAACAAUGCGCUGCAGGACAUUCAAGCCGGUGCUUUUAAUGGACUGAGUUCCCUGAAGAGGCUCUACCUCCAUGAGAACAAGCUGGAAGUGUUCCGCAAUGACACCUUCCUCGGCCUGGAGAGCCUGGAAUACCUGCAGGCCGACUACAAUGUGAUCAGGCGGAUCGAGAGCGGCGCGUUUAGACACCUCCACAAACUCCGGGUGUUGAUCCUCAAUGACAACCUGAUACCUGCGUUACCGCCGUUCCUCUUCAGAUCUGUCUCGCUUACACACUUGGACCUCAGAGGAAACCGCCUGAAGACUCUGAGCUACCGAGGAGCACUGGAGUACAUCGGGAGAAACCUGAUGGAGAUCCAGCUGGAGGAGAACCCAUGGAACUGCGCGUGUGAUAUCGUCCAGCUGCGGGCCUGGCUGGAAAGAAUACCGUACACCUCCGUGGUGGGAGAGAUCACGUGUGAGUAUCCAUUCCACCUGCAUGGAAAAGACCUUAGAGAGAUCAAACGGCGUGAGCUGUGCCCCACGCUGACGGAUGCUGAACUUGAGGCCAAUCUAGGAAUCCCUCACUCAGUUGGAAAAACGAGACCAACCAAGCCUUCGUCGAUGUUCUCUGCAAACCAGAACACGGUGUCGUCCGUGGAACAGAAGAACCUGAAACCGACACGAAGGCCGAGGCCAUCGAAAACCCCACCCACACCGCGCAGCAUUUACCCGAACCAUCCUCCGAUCGCUGGAUAUGAGACAAGGCCACCCAUCCCCAUCAUAUGCCCCAUCGGGUGCACCUGCAACUUGCACAUCAACGACCUCGGCCUGACGGUCAACUGCAAGGAGAACGGAUUUCACAAUGUUUCUGAGCUAACGCCGCGACCGCUAAAUGCAAAGAAGCUCUAUCUGAGCGGAAAUCUAAUCCAGAGGAUUCAUAGGUCUGACUUCUGGAAUUUUUCCAGUCUGGAUUUGUUACACUUGGGGAACAACCAAAUAUUUUACGUUCAGGAAGGUGCCUUUGGAAAUUUACCCAAUUUACGCAGCUUGUAUCUAAAUGGGAAUAACAUUGAGAAGCUAACGGCGGACAUGUUCCUUGGCCUGCACAGUCUGCACUACUUGUAUUUUGAAUAUAAUGAGAUAAAGGAAGUUCAGCCGGCGGCGUUCAGCCCAAUGCCUGCACUUCAGCUUUUGUUUCUCAAUAACAAUCUUCUACAUUCACUUCCAGUCGGCACGUUUCAAGGAACUUCGCUCGCCCGGCUCAACCUACGCAACAACUACUUCCCUCACCUGCCGGUGGGAGGGGUUUUAGAGCACCUUCACGCUGUGGUGCAGAUUGACUUGAAUCAGAACCCCUGGGAUUGUGCGUGUGAGAUCGUUCCGUUAAAACAGUGGUUGGAUACGUUGAGCUCGGUGGUCAUCGUUGGCGAGGUGCUGUGUAAGACGCCAGAUGCCAUGUUGGGGAAGGAUUUGCGCUCUCUGAGCUCGGAGGUGAUUUGUCCCGAGCUUUUAAAACCCUCCUCGACUCCAGAUGAAAGGGACAUGGAGUUUUCACCCUCGUUCCCUCCUAAAGCUGUCAUUCCUCUCUCCGUACUCGUUCUCAGCCUCGUCGUUCUGUUUGUCUCCUCAUUCUUUGCUGCUGCGGCACUCUGCACGUUUAUUAUGAAAAAGCGUGACAAGCUUCCGUUCAGGAAGCAGGAAGAGGCGGGGUUAACCGGAAUUCAGAUGGAGUGUGGAAUAUUUACAGAAACUCCACCCACUUUGCCUGAAACUCCACCCUCUAACCAUGUCUAUGAAUGCAUCACUGUGCCAGCUUCUCAAUGUGCACCCUAUGAGCGUGGGCGAGAGGGGGUGGGGCCUCUAGCGCUUUGCAAGGAGGAGGCGGGGCCUCUAGAGUGUAAGGUGGAAGGGACAGAUUGCGGAGAGAGCAGUUCCAAUUACAGAACGGCGCUGGAGAAAGAGGAGGAGUGGACGACUGUAGUCGGCCACACCCCCAUCAACACCGUGACGGAUAUAGCCGGUUUCCAUGGGAAUGGAAUACUUUGUCCGACAGUGAUCGACAGCCAAGGGCCAACUCCCAAAGUGGGACUGGUGCACAGCCUUUUCGGGACGAGUCCCUGGCUAGGAGACAUCAGUCCAAAGCAAGCGCUCGCCACGGACGCAGAGGCGAGGACAGACUGCGCUAAUCAAACCCCGAGCAAUUACUCCACUCCAAUUACGCUGCAGAGAUCGUAUCAGUUUUAAAACAUUGAGGAUAAAAUAAAAGUCUUAACUUCCCCAUCGUCUUUCUUCCAGAAUUGAAUAAUGGUAAGACUGAACGCCACGUUGCUCUGGAGGAAGUCCCUGUACUCGGACUUUUAUAACAAGUGCCUUCAUGAGAGCAGCCAGCAACCAUGUAAAGAUGAUUAUUUUUAUACAAUUACAGUUUAUUUAUCUAAAACACAGGUUUAGGGAAAAAGGACAAAGCUGCAAAAGGAAGGAACGAUGCGUCUGAACCACAGAUCUCCAUAUUAGAUACCUACCUAGCUGAUGACAUCAUUACUUGCGCUAAUGUGUGAUGAAGUAAUCUAAAAUAACGUAUACAGGCAGUGUGUAAAGGACUCAGGAGAUGUGUAAAGAGAUUUAUUUACAGAAAAGUAAACAACAGACAAGGAACCAAACAAUAAUCUUGCUGAGAACAAGAACAAUACAAAAUCAGUGGCAAGACUUUGCAACGUUUCUUUAGAGCUAGACCAGGAAGUAAAGAGAAGCUGAGAACAGCGUGGAGUUUUUCUGUAUUGGGAUGUGGUGUGGAGUGUUUAUGGGGACACUGUGGAGUGUUUAGGGUCAGUGUGGAGUGAUUAUGGGAACUGUGGAGUGUUCAGGGGGACACUAUGGUGUGUUUACAGGGAUUGUGUAGAAUGUUCAGGGGGACAGUGUGGAGUGUUUAGGGGGACUGUGUGGAGUGUUUAGGGGAGGACAGGGUGAUGUGUUCAGGGGGACAGUGUGGAAUGUUGGGACAGGGUGGAGUGUUUAGAGGAGGACGAGGUGGAGAACAGCCCUCUGCUGGUGUGGAGGUGAAUCGUCACGAUACGAAUAAUGAUGUCACAAUCAUGUAUUUCUAGACGCAAACAUCGUCAUUUUUUUUCCAGAGAAAGUGUAUUUACACUCUAUUUUGAUAUUAACGAAGCAGAUUUUAUGGAGUAUUAUAAAAUUUAGCACUACAUAAUGAACUCUUUGCACUGUUACUGUAGUAUUAUAUAACAUUUAACAUCAUCCAGUGCAACAUCAUACACAACCUGCAACACUUACAGAAAUAUAUCGGCUACGAGCACGCAGCAUUCGAUGAUUUCUUUUUACUUUAAAAUGAUUUGAUUCAUUUUGCAUGAAAUUCUGUGAAUUAUAAUACGCUGGGAUUUAAGGCAGUUCUACUUGUGGUUGUUUUAUUGCACUAACAGUAGCUGAGCUACAUCACGCAUAACAAUGACCCAGAACGCUCUCAUUUAUAUCUAUUUCUAUUUUAACGGAACAUUUAGCUACUUUAGACAUCAAAGCUUCUAGAUUAGCUGGAAGAAAGCAUAGUUAGCGUUUCCUUAAUUAGCUAGCUGACUAACAUACCCCGAUAUGCUUGAGAUGUAAAUAUUUAUUUCCAAAUGCUCGUCUAAGAUGCAUGAAUGUUUAAUCCUUCACAUUACUUCAGACAGGUUUUCCAGUCUUCCAUAUAUUGCUGCUAAGAAAUAUACCUUCUGCUACCAGUAGCUUGUAAGCUAUCAUGCUAAUCGAGUGUAAAUCGUUCGUGGCUUUCAGAAAGAGAAAAACGAAGAUUCAUUUUGAAAAAUAAAAUCGUUUCUUAGGUUGCUGGCAGAGCAACAACACAGAAACGUCAGAGAAAAACUAGCUAGCUAACAUCAAAAACAUUUACAAACAAACUAGUCAGACAAAAAAUGUCCAAAAUGUUUACCAUGCAAAAACUAGCUAACUUGCUUAAAAGAAAAAUUUCAAUUCAAAAUAGCUAGCUAUGCUCAGCGUAAAGAAACCCCAACAGGAGUUGGCUAACGUUAAAAAAUAUCCACGAUCUGACUAGCUAACAACACACUAAAUUCCUAAAACAGGAUUAGCUCAUUUUGGAAAUCUACCCAAUCAAAUAUAAACAUUAGCUUUAAUUCCACAAGACAAAAGCUAACUAAUGCUAACGAUAUCAACAAACAAUCUAGCUAAGUAAUGCCAGAAAUUAAUUCUUAUACAAAAGCUAGCUAACAUAAAAAAACGAACCAGCUAGCAAACAUCAAAAAAAAAACUUUCCAAACAGAAGUUAGCUAAUGUUAAAGAACCUGGAUAGUUCACGGCGGGGGAAAUCUGGCUAAUUUUCUGGGCUACACCCAAAGAAAAGUUAGCAUGCUAGCUGAAGGGUUUCAGUUUCAGUAGUGUGCACUAUCUAGGGCACUAAUAUGGAUAUCUGUGGUAUGAAGCCUGGCUUUUCUGCUGCUGUGGAUUCUUUUUGUUUCCUUUUUGUUUUCUUUCCUGUGAUUAGCGACGUUUCAGCGACGGAGUGAAACUGUACAGCGUUUUUAUUCCACAUUUAAGCGGACGGUGGUGACGGACGCUCUGAGGCCAGACGCACAUUUUUAUAAUCAUCCAUCUGCGUGCAGGACGUGUGCUUAUAUUUAUUCUUAUAUUUCAGUGUUAUUAAUUAUUAAUUAUUCUUAAUUAUUAUUCCUGUACAUCAUGUUUAAUUAAUCAGUGUACAAUGAUUCUGCCUCUCGUUUAGCCUGAACUGAAUAA